AUGGGCCCGCGGAGCCGCGAGCGUCGGGCCGGGGCAGUGCAGAGCACCAACGACAGCAGCGCCGUCAGCAAGACCUCCCUGGCUGCGCGCGGGUACGUGCACGACGCCUUCGCCGCCUUGCUAGUUCCAGGGACCGCGCGCCGCGCGCCGCUCAUCCACCGCGGCUACUACGUCCGCGCACGCGCCGUGCGGCACUGCGUGCGCGCCUUCCUGAAGGGGACGUGCGCGGUCCCCGGCGCGCCUCGCGCCCAGAUCGUGUCCCUCGGCGCUGGCUCGGACUCGCUGUAUUUUCGCCUCAAAACUGCGGGUCGCCUGACCCGGGCUGCCGUCUGGGAGGUAGAUUUUCCGGACGUGGCACAGCGCAAAGCGCAGAGGAUUCGAGAUACGCCGGAACUGUGCGCCUUAACUGGGCCUUUCCAGAGCGGGGACCCCGGGUGCACGUUGUGCUUUGAGAGCUCAGACUACUGCAUCCUGGGCCUGGACCUGCGGCAGCUGCAGCGAUUGGACCACGCCCUGGGCACCGCGGGCCUUGACGCAGCUGCACCGACUCUGCUUCUGGCUGAGGCCGUGCUGACCUACCUCGAGCCGGAUGAUGCCGCGGCCCUCAUCGCCUGGGCCGCGCAGCGUUUUUCUAAUGCCCUUUUCGUCGUCUACGAGCAGAUGAGGCCGCGUGACGCCUUUGGCGAGUUCAUGCAGCAACAUUUUCGGCAGCUGAAUUCUCCCCUGCAUGGCCUGGACCGCUUUCCCGACGCGAAAGCCCAGCAGCAGCGCUUCCUUCAGGCCGGCUGGACCGCCUGCCGUGCCAUGGACAUGAAUGAGUUCUAUCGCUGCUUUCUUCCCGCAGAAGAACGCCGGCGCGUGGAAAAUCUCGAAACUUUCGACGAGUUUGAGGAGUGGCAUCUGAAGUGCGCCCACUAUUUCAUUCUGGCCGCUUCUCGGGGAGACGCCCUCUCCCAAACUCUGGUGUUUCCACCCUCAGAGACGUUUCCUCGGAUAGACCCUGCUUCCCCUUCAGGAGUCUUCCCUGCCAGUGUAGUCACUGGUGAUAGCCAGGGCCCAGACCUUAAGAGAUAUGGCCACGCCUCGGUCCUUUUGAGCCCAGGUCUUAUUCUCAGUGCUGGAGGAUUUGGAGAGCAGGAGGGGCGACAUUGCCGAGUGAGAAAGUUUCACUUGCUCUCAAGAUACUGUGACUUUGAAUGGAAAGGCAACCAAAUAUGCAGUAGGGGGACUGGAGCUCAGUGGGAUGGACGCCUUUAUCACACCAUGACAAGACUUUCAGAUACUCAGGUUCUGGUUCUGGGAGGGAGACUGUCCCCAGUAACUCCAGCCUUGGGGAUUCUCCAGCUUCUUUUUUGCAAGAGUGAGGAUAAUAACCCUGAGGACCUAAAUGUCACAGUCACAAAGGUCGGCCCAGAAGAAGAUUCCACUUUGUCAUGUUGGCGCCAUUCAACAACAGAAGUGUCCUAUGAGAAUCAGAGAUAUUUGUUUGUGUAUGGGGGCCGCAGUGUGGCAGAACCCGUACUAAGUGACUGGCAUUUCCUACAUGUGGGGACAAUGGCUUGGGUCAGGAUCCCAGUAGAGGGAGAAGUACCUGAAGGUCGGCAUUCCCACAGUGCCUGCAGCUGUCAAGGGGGAGCCCUCAUUGCUGGAGGUCUGGGUGCUUCUGAGGAGCCGUUGAGCUCUGUACUCUUUCUGAAACCAAUCUCUUGUGGAUUCAUCUGGGAAUCAAUAGCCAUCCAGCCUCCCAUUACCCCAAGGUACUCCCACACAGCUCAUGUGGUCGAUGGGAAGCUUUUGUUGGUUGGAGGGGUCUGGAUUCAUUCCUCCUCAGUUCCUGGAGUGAGUGUUAUUGAUUUGUCUACAGGACUGAGCUUCGAGUAUCGGAUUGACACAACAUGUGUGCCAUGGCCGUUAAUGUUACACAAUCAUACCAGCAUCCUCCUUCCUGAAGAGCAACAGCUCCUGCUCCUUGGAGGUGGUGGGAACUGCUUUUCCUUUGGUACCUACUUCAACCCCUGUACAGUGACAUUAGACCUUUCUUCCUUAAGUGCUAGGCAGUAAGGACUGGACUUGUGAUAUAUUCAGGACCACUAAAGUAGACAAUAAAGCUUUCCAAA